AUGGCGACAACCUCACAACACCUGCCAUUGCGGCAGCCGCCAACGGCCACCACCGACGAUGGCCGCGUCCUGUCGCCAUCCCAACUCCCGCCCGUCCCGUCGUCUCCGGCCAUGAGCUACGCCUCGACGGCCAACCCCCUCGCCGCAUACCAGCUUCCGCCACCGCCCCCGCCGCGGCACCAGUCUCAUGCCACCAUGACAAAGGCCGAUCUCGAGGCUUCGCAGGUCGCCUACUCGGAUCUGAUCGCGUCGGCAAAAGCCUACAGACAAGCUCUGGCCGCCAUCGGCACCGCAGCCUCUGCCUUCGGCAGCGCCCUCGAGGCAUGUGCCCGGUUAAAAGAAGCUCGUGCCCCGGCCAUAUCACCCACCGCGAGCGGCGACGGCGGCACCAACUCGAGCGGCAUGCCCCCGUCCAUGACCGCAUCCUUCACAGCCCGCGCUCCCAACCAGCUCUCGUCGUCUUGCACGGCCGAUCAGCUCCUCGCCGCAGCCGGCCUGCAGCACCUGAUAGCGAACCAUCACCAAAUCCUCGGCGAGACCAUCUACCGAUCCUUCGAGGUGCCGCUACUCCACGAGCUCGACAAGUGGCGCCACAGCGUCGAGGACGAGCAGGCGCGUUACACGGCCGCCGCCACGGCCCAGGGGCGCGAGAUCAGGCGACUGGAGAAGGAAGGCGUCAAGAUGCACAAGACCCCGAAGCGUCGGGACGUCGCCCAGUUCCGCACACACCUCGUCGAGCUGACUGCAAAGCUCGACGGCCUGACGACGCUGCACGCCGACCACUCGCGUGCCCUGCUGCGCGACUGCCAGGACACGAGCGUCGGUGUCCUCGACGCCGCCUGCAGCAUCGCCCGCGCAGAGGUCGACAUCUUUGAGAGCCUCGCCCGCAAGGGCUGGACUGGCGGCGGGCUGGAGGACCUCUUGGAGCGCGGGACGGACCUGUUCGCAAGCGACGAGCCCAUCACCAGCGCAGCGGACCUGCCCGUCCCCACAGACUCCAGCAGGCUUUUCAGCAUCUUGCCGCCCAAGAGCAUCCUUGCAGACUCGGCGAGCGAGACCACCCGGCCUGGCCAUCAUAGGGCUGAUAGUUUGCUGGUGGACCCGGAUGAGCCUCAUUACCAGAGUCUUGCACGAGCGCUCUCGCCUACCAAGGGCGGGGCGGUUGGCAUCCGCAGCGGCGGCGGCGGCGUCGAUUCGGAAAGUCUCUUCAACCAGCCUCGAGGCGCAAGGCCCUUCUCCCCAGAGCCUAUACCAGUCGACCCAGGCGAGCUACCCAUGGGAGGCGGCAGCAGUGACCCUGGAGCAUCGGGGGACCAGGAGGCUGAGACGAUUCGAACCGACUCGUCGUCCUCCCCAGUACAACUCGAGGAGCCUACGCCAAGAGCUUCCAGGAUGUUCAGGAUACUGCACGACAAUAUUGGACAUUCCGAUAAUGACGACGCAGAUGAUGACAGUAGUGUCCACAAAAGCCCCUGGCGUGAUGAGCGAUCACCAGCAGACAGUGCUUUUACGAGGCCUCUGCCGCCAACGACCUUGUCUUCUCAUGGGUCUGAACAUGCAUGUGAUUAG